CUCCGGCGGGGCGGGGCCUGCAGGCGGCGGGAGAAGCGCCUUUCGCCCCCGCCAUGGCCGCCCUUUCGCUCCUGCUCCUGGUCCCGGCCUUGGGCGGCUUCCUCUUCGCCUUCGGGACCGGCGUGGAGCUGAUCCGCUUCGUUUCCCUUCGGGGGCUCCUCCAGCCAGAAGCCGCUUCUCCAGACAGAACCGAUGCUGCCAGUCGACCUCCGUGGGGAGCUGUCCUGAGGGACCCAAAGGUCUUGCACCCACUGACUGUCGACGUGGGUUUAAUAACCCUCUUCAUCCUACAGCACAGCCUUAUGGCCACUCACCGCGUGAAACACUGGAUCAGCAGCUGCUUUGGGGUCCUGCAGAGAUCGUUCUACGUCUUUUGCACAGCUCUGGCCCUCCAGCUGCUGAUGAGGUACUGGCAGCCAGUCCAGGAUGGCCCUGUGCUCUGGAAAAUAAGCACUGAGCCUUGGGCCACGUGGGUUUCCCUUAUCUGCUUUAUUCUACACUUCAUUGCCUGGUUGGUCAUCUUUAGCAUCAUCCUCAUCUUCGACUAUGCAGAACUGAUGGGAGUCAAACAGGUUUAUUACCACUGUCUGGGCAUGGGUGAUCCUUUGGCGGUGAAGUCCUCCCGGGCUGUCCGCCUUUAUGGCCACCUUCGCCACCCUGUCUACCUGGAGUUCCUCCUCAUCCUCUGGGCCGUUCCUUGUCUCUCUCUCGACCGACUUCUACUGGCCUUGCUUUUCACCCUUUACUUGACCUGCGCCCACAGCCUUGACCAGCAAGACUACCUCUACCUCCGAGCCCAGCUGGACAAGAAGUUCCAGGUCUUCUCCCGCGAAGAGGCAGCCCAUGGAAACUUGCUGGCACAGAACGGCCCUUCAGUCUAUAAAGAUAACUGAAUGGGGUGGGUCCGUGGGGAGACGAUCCUAAUGUGGGCCUUCUGGAGCCUGUUGCUCUUGUACCUCGCAUGCAAAGCACUGAAUUAUGCACUGUGUCUUACCUUCUUCCCCCUUUUGUGCACUCAGGAUUUCAUAGCCUAAGAAAACAAUCAAACAGUUGUGGCUUCCAGGGUGCCCUGCCCUUUUAGAAUAUGUAUAUAUGCAAAGUUUGAGCAUUUAUAUCCACACUAAAGCAUGGGAGGUAGAUGUCCACCCAAUGAAAAUGGGGGGGGGGGACUUUAGAAAUGGCUAUUAAAAUCAUGAGAAGAGCCAUUGGAAAAUUAUGGAGGAUAUGUUGGGACCAGAGAAUUUUACCUUCCCAAGGAAGGAGAAAGAGAGCUUUUAAGGACAGAUAGGGUUUCUUCUUUUUUGCUGGGUGGCUCUUUUGCAUUGGAAAGUUGCUAAACAAACAAAAGUCUUCCCUGUUUCUGGCAAAGUGCUGAUUGUUUACAGCACAGCAACUUUUACAGCAUGAAAAAGAAAGGCAAAAAAAGAAGAGCUAAACUUGGAUCUUCUCCAUUCUUGAGAACUGAAGUGUUACAUUUCAGUCUGAGAGAGCUCAUCUUAAUUCAUAGAUACGUGGUUUUUUUUUAAAUGCUGAAGCAGUCUUUUAUACUCUAAUAAACUUUUACAAAGUUUUUACUGCAGGGAUUAUGCCAAAAUGAUUUUUAAAGCAUAGGAUUUUAACUCUGAUAACAAUCAACCAUUCCUUUUUAAAAAUAAUAAAUAAAUAGCAAGAUUAGAGAACUGGGUUCGAAGGAUGCUCUUGUAUCCUUGUAAAUAUAUUUCUUCUAACACGGUUCCUCAAAUGCACUGUACUUGGCAAAUAUAGAGAGUUAAUCAUUCAGUCAAUAGUUUGUUCUUCCUUCAAGUUAUGUCACUCUUAAAUAUUUCAAAGGAAUCUCAAUUCACAGCACGAUGGAGCAAAUGCAGCCUAGACAGCUGCUGUACUGCAGUUCUCAUCAGUCCUAACCAUCACAUCCAGUGCUAAGAAUGCUGGGAACUGAGUAACAGAGGGAUAAACUUUUGUCUGUCUCGAUGCAGAGAUUGAUAUCUAUUUGGCUCAUCAAAGAAAGAGUUCUAUUGAAGUGGUGGUUGAGUGAUUAACUGCCCCUUUUGCCUUAAUGACAGGGAUAGGAAAUGUGUUUCCCUACAAAUUUUAAUUGAAAUUCCCAUCAUUCUCCAUCAUUGGUGAUAGUGGCUGAUGGGAGCUGCAGUCCAUCAAAAUUUAUAGGUUUCUUCCUUAUGCCUCUUGUGUGUUUCAUCCACAGGAUAAUUCCUAUCUUCUCCUAUUAGAUUAAUGGGGAAAAUUCAGAACUUGCAAAAGUUCAUUUUUAAAGACUCCAGUUCCAGUGGGUGGGCAAAUUUCUCAGAUAAAUGUUUGGAUUUAAAUAUUGUCCUGUGAGGUUUUUGUACUGGGAAUCCAUAUUCCUAGAUUUGAUCCUCUUAUACUGAGAGUAUGUUUGCCACUGUAUAUCCCAUAGAUCAGUGGUUCUCAACCUGUGGGUCCCCAGAUGUUUUUGUCCUUCAACUCCCAGAAAUCCUAACAGCUGGUAAAUUGGUUGGGAGUUCUGGAACUUGUAGGCCAAAACACCUGGGGACCCACAGGUUGAGAACCACUGCCAUAGUGAGAAGUACCCUUUUCUUUAAGACAGGCAUAGAGAAGCUGUGGUCCUCCGGAUAUUGUCAGAUGCCUAACUGCCUUUAUUCUCUCACUUGCUGGCUGGGGCUAAUAGGAGUUGUAGUCCAAAGGAGGUACUUGGGUUUAAGAGCUCCGGGAUAGCAUUGUCACUUUUUUGUCCCAGCGUAAGAAAAUCUAGCCCAUGCUUGGGCUAGCCUAAAUGUGCGGAUAUCAGGAAAUUAUGGGAAUCCAUUACUUUCAGAUGAUGUAAACAGAUGUGGAAGCAGGCGGUCAAGUCAAGUUAGGGGAGUAGGCACCCUCAAAACCUCUUUGAAGGGAAAUCUAAUAAUAAGUAAGGUCUUCCAUCAAAGGCAGUGCCAGUUGAUAUUUCCAAGUCAGAGGAAUGGUGAUUGUCCUGAUACUUUUGAUUUACAUGUUGAAGGAUCUAUUCAAGAUGUUGUACUUCCAUCACCUAAAUAGGCAAGUCUUUAACGUUCAGUGUAAGACUCAUAAAGGACGUACAGUCAGCCCUACGCGUUUAUUGGGUUUAGGAGCACAGGACUCCCCCGUGUAAGUGAAAAACCUCAAGUACAGAAAUUGCUUUUUUUUUUACUUGAGAGAACACCUCUCUAGU